AUGCAAAACAAAGACACCUCUAUGAUAGAUAUCAACGACGCUAACAAUGCUCAGGAUAAAAAGGGUGACACGUCAUUAGCCCACAGUUUUUCACAAAUGAACGUGGAUACAGCCAAUGGACUUGAACCUCGUCCUCAAAUAUCUGGUAGACAGAGAUCUAGAUCAACAUUAAUAUUCGAUGAUGAUGACGAGAUUCCACCUUACACUGACCAUCAGGAACACGGGAGUUCAAAUAUAUCUGAUUCAGAUAUAGAUGAUAAUUCAAGUGGGAAUGACUCUGAUGCCUACAUGAAUGAUGAUGAAUCACUUCGACUACAACCAUCGCAUGAACAAGACCAAGGCCUAAAAAAUCAAGAUCAACAAAUGCAAAUGCAGAUGCAUCCACAUGAACCACAACUACCAUCACCAUCACAACAACCACAGUUUGUACCUUCUCAAAACCAACCAAAUAAUGUAAUGGUACCAGUUGAUAUUACCUGGCAACAGGGUGGGCAAAAAGCCUAUGUAACAGGUUCUUUUACUGGUUGGAGAAAAAUGAUUGGACUUGUUCCAGUACCAGGUCAACCUGGCAUUCUACAUGUUAAAUUGCAAUUACCUCCGGGAACACACAGAUUUAGAUUUAUUGUAGAUAAUGAACUAAGAUUUAGUGAUUAUUUACCUACAGCAACAGAUCAAAUGGGUAAUUUUGUAAAUUAUCUAGAAGUUGUUGCUCCAAAUCAACAUGCAGUUUCUCCGAACAAUAACAUUGUAGAGGAUAAUACAAAUUGGGGUGCAGGUGAAGAACGUAACCAGUCAGAAGGAGGAAAACCACCAUUAUACAAGGAACAACAAAACCAAACAAAUAGACAAGGCACUUCUAAAACUGAGAGGAAGGAACCUAUGAGUGCACGUUCUAGAAUUGCCUUGGAAAUCGAAAGUGAGCCUGAUGAUAUGGGUAAUGGGUUCUCUCGUUUUCAUAGUCAAGAACUUCUAGCUCCAAAAAUUGAGUACACCAAGGACAUUCCAGCUGUUUUCACAGAUCCAACAGUUAUGGAACAAUACUACUUGACACUUGACCAGCAACAGAAUAAUCACCAGAAUAUGGCUUGGUUAACUCCUCCACAGUUACCACCUCAUUUGGAAAACGUUAUUCUAAAUAGUUAUUCAAACUCUCAAGGCCAGAAUAGUGAAAAUACGUCAGGUGCGCUUCCUAUUCCAAAUCAUGUGAUCCUGAAUCAUUUAGCUACUAGUAGUAUCAAACACAAUACAUUGUGUGUCGCCUCAAUUGUAAGAUACAAACAAAAAUACGUGACACAAAUUCUUUAUGCUCCUUUACAAUGA